UCUAUGGUGGGAGAAUGGGCACACUUCCGCUACUGCUAAGUAGCCCAUGCUGCAGUGUUAUUAGGGAGUUAAUGUAGCGCUAUAAGCGUCAGCGUGCGUGUGUAGUUGCUUAUAACGCUGCUAAUGCUCGUAUUUGGCAUGUACUGAUUAUUUUAUCAACCUUAGCUGUGCAGAAGAGGCGUAAACAGAAACCAUGUGCGCAGCUGAAGCUGAGAGCAGCAGCAGCAGUGAAGAUGAGGACACUGAGAAGUUCAGAGAAGCUGUCUGGAGUGGAGCUCACAGCUCAAACACAGCUGUACAGGCUCCAGUGUUGAGAUGUUGGCGGUACCGUGUGGUUCUGUACAGUAACCUGCUGUCUGUAAUGCACAGAUGUGGAGAAGAACGGUGCUCAGAGUAAGAGGAUGGACCCGUCCAGGCAUGAAGAAGAUGGAAAUGAGCUCCAGCUCACACCGGAGUUUAAGUCUCAUGUUGCCAAGAAGUUGGGGGCCAUACUGGACAGCUGUAUAUCAGAAGUGUCCUCUAAACCUCCAGAGCCCAAACCUGAUUCAUGUGAAAAUGGAGAUGAUGAUGAUGAUGAUGAUGAUGAAGGUUUCCGACUCUUCUCCACGUCUCUUCCGGGAAAUUGGCGGAAGGAGCCGACCCCUCCACCGGCGCCCAAACGCCCACCAGCCCCCAGCUCCAGUGACAGCGACAGUGAGAUGGAGUCGAGGUUCAGAGAAGCCGCCGUUUCCGUAUUGGACCUCAUCCCUCCAUCCACAGAGAAAAGCAAGGAGAAAGAGGGGAUGAACAGUGGAGGAGUGGACGAGGGCAGCAAGGAGAGCGCAGAACUGAAAAAGAAGAAGAAAAAGAAGAAGAAAGCUUCCGCAGAGGGAGAGGAGACGUGUUCAAAAGGAAAAGAAACCGUCGGUCAUGAACAGAGGACACGCGAGGAGCAGAGCGCAGAGGAAAACGUGAUGAAGAAGAAGAAGAAGAAGAAGAAAAGGAUCAGACUGGACGAGGGGGAGUGAAAGACUGCAGAGGGGUUUUCAGUACAGUUUUUUUUACAUUAGUCAGUUCUGAGUUUUUGUUCCAGCUCGUGUUCCUGUUAUGAUAUUUUAUAGAGUUUAUUGUAAUAGAAAACAGAUUUCAAAUUAAAAGUCUCAGUCCUUGUUGAGGCCAAACUCUC